AUGGCUCUACCUCAGACUCCUCGUCGUUUCUCGAACGCGCCCCCACUCUCCACCCGACCGGUGGAAGCCGCUCCCUUGAAAAGCGACGGCGGCACCGAGCUGGCAGAAGCAGCGUCGCAGCCGUGCUCUCGGGAGUCUUCGGUGACCCUGCCUCCUACACCAACAGCUGCAGUCACCGAAAGGCACACUUCCAGGACCGCGGUCACAAAGGUCGAAGAACUUGCCACGCCCACUUCCUCCGAAAGUGAUGCGUCACGUUCCUACUCUGGAAUGUCUGCAUUCUCUCUUUGCUUGCCAGAAUUUGCAGCCUCCAGCGGGAAUGCCGUCACAGAGGAAGCAAGAGCUGCCGAAGAAGUGAUUGUGAUCAGCACCUUCGAAGCCUCCGAAGCCGAGCAAGAAGAGGACGGCGAGAUUUUCAUCGUGUCGGACGCCUCUUCGGACGUGCUUCCAGAAGUGAUUCCCACUCACGUCAAAUGCCCGGAGGAUAGCUGGUCACGGAGCUGCGGAGAAACCACCUUGAAGGAGGGUGACGUGGAGCUGGCAGAGCUGAUCACCUUGCCCUUUGCGCAGAUCACGGAGCCCCUCGAAAUGCCGCGGAAACCAUCGGUGGGGCCGGUGACGGCAGCACUCGACGUGCAGGAAGGACAGGUCGAGCAGUCGCUUCCGGGCUACGCCGUCUGCCCUUCCGAAGCGGAGAGUUCAUUGCCAAAGCCGGAAGACCAUCUCCAGGCACCGGACACACCCGAAACUCCGGCAACAGCGGAGAGCGGGGAGCUCGGGCAAUCUUACGGCUCCGCUCCUGCAAUAGACCGUCCAUCUGUGACUCCUCAUCGUUUCUCGAACGCGCCCCCACCCUCCACCCUACCGGUGGAAGCCACUCCCUUGAAAAGCGACGGCGGCACAGAGCUGGCAGAAGCAGCGUCGCAGCCGUGCUCUCGGGAGUCUUCGGUGGCCCUGCCUCCUACACCAACAACUGCAGUCACCGAAAGGCACACUUCCAGGACCGCGGUCACAAAGGUCGAAGAACUGGCCACGCCCACUUCCUCCGAAAGUGAUGCGUCACGUUCCUACUCUGGAAUGUCUGCAUUCUCUCUUUGCUUGCCAGAAUUUGCAGCCUCCAGCGGGAAUGCCGUCACAGAGGAAGCCAGAGCUGCCGAAGAAGUGAUUGUGAUCAGCACCUUCGAAGCCUCCGAAGCCGAGCGAAAAGAGGACGGCGAGAUUUUCAUCGUGUCGGACGCCUCUUCGGACGUGUUCACAGAAGUGAUUCCCACUCACGUCAAAUGCCCGGAGGAUAGCUGGUCACGGAGCUGCGGAGAAACCACCUUGAAGGAGGGUGACGUGGAGCUGGCAGAGCUGAUCACCUUGCCCUUUGCGCAGAUCACGGAGCCCCUCGAAAUGCCGCGGAAACCAUCGCUGGGGCCGGUGACGGCAGCACUCGACGUGCAGGAAGGACAGGUCGAGCAGUCGCUUCCGGGCUACGCCGUCUGCCCUUCCGAAGCGGAGAGUUCGUUGCCAAAGCCGGAAGACCAUCUCCAGGCACCGGACACACCAGAAACUCCGGCAACAACGGAGAACGGGGAGCUCGGGCAAUCUUACGGCUCCGCUCCUGCAAUAGACCGUCCACCUGUGAUGCCUCGUCGCUUCUCGAACCCGCCCCCACUCUCCAUCGGGCCGAUGGAAGCCACUCCCUUGCAAAGCGACGGCGGCACCGAGCUGGCAGAAGCAGCGUCGCAGCCGUGCUCUCGGGAGUCUUCGGUGACCCUGCCUCCUACACCAACAGCUGCAGUCACCGGAAGGCACACUUCCAGGACCGCGGUCACAAAUGUCGAAGAACUGGCCACGCCCACUUCCUCCGAAAGUGAUGCGUCACGUUCCUACUCUGGGAUGUCUGCAUUCUCUCUUUGCUUGCCAGAAUUUGCAGCCUCCAGGGGGAAUGCCGUCACAGAGGAAGCCAGAACUGCUGAAGAGGUGAUUGUGAUCAGCGCCUCCGAAGCCGAUCAAGAAGAGGACGACGAGAUUUUCAUCGUGUCGGACGCCUCUUCAGACGUGCUUCCAGAAGUGAUUCCCACUCACGUCAAAUGCCCGGAGGAUAGCUGGUCACGGAGCUGCGGGGAAACCACCUUGAAGGAGGGUGACGUGGAGCUGAGAGAGCUGAUCAGCUUACCCUUUGCGCAGAUCACGGAGCCCCUCGAAAUGCCGCGGAAACCAUCGGUGGGUCCGGUGACGGCUGCACUCCACGUGCAGGAAGGACAGGUCGAGCAGUCGCUUCCGGGUUACGCCGUCUGCCCUUCCGAAGCGGAGAAAAAGACUGCAACGACACCCGUGCACAAGGCUGAGCUCGAUGAGAACCCAGUGAUGCGGUCGUGA